CUCGGCGCAUCUAAAUGACAGUUUGAGCAGAGACAAUAGAGGCUGUUUCCUCCUUUCUGUGAACAUGCAGCUGCUGAAAUACAUUUUAAUUGUCCAACUGGGCUGUUUUUGUCAAGCUUUGCAAAACUCAUCCACUCAAACAGACCCACCUGGUGUCCAGGUGACAGAAGAGAGAAACAACUCGGCAGGGAGAAUACCAGAGGAGUUCAGCAGUGACCCUUACGUUCACAGACUCUCUGGUAAAUGCAGUUUUGCUCUCAGGAUUCCCGGAAACAGGAGCAGUGAUGUUGUGGCAUUGCCAGCCGACUCUAUAGAUGUGCUGGUCGAACAGAUCUGCCAGGAUCUCGGCUGUGGCAGCACCUAUCAUGUGAACAAAACCAGCUCACCUCCCAACACCACCUGCUUCCACCGCUGUGUGCACGGAGACGGACGUUUGCAGAACUGCUCACAGACUGUGGAGGGAAACUGCUCUGUGAUUACUGAAGCUGUUUGUGGGCACCAGGCUCUGCGGCUCGCCGGGGGCUUGGACCGCUGUGCCGGGCGUGUGGAGCUGUGGAGACACGGGAGGUGGGGGACCGUGUGUGACGACCAGUGGGACCUACGGGAUGCCAACGUGGUGUGCGCCCAGCUGGGCUGCGGUUACGCCCUCAGUGUGACGGGACAGGGCGGCUCUUACCCCCCGGGCAGAGGACCGGUCUACCGGGACGAGCUGAACUGUACCGGCCGAGAGGAGAACCUGUGGGCCUGUCCGGCCGCCCAGGACGAGACCGACUGUGGACACAAAGAGGAUGCUGGGGUCAUAUGCUCAGAGAUGAGAGCAGUGAGACUGACUGGAGGUCUGGACCGCUGCGCUGGUGUAGUGGAGGUCCACCGUAACGGCAGCUGGGGUACGGUGUGUGAUAACUGCUGGAAUGAAAAAAUGGCCUCCAUGGUGUGCUCCAUGCUGCAGUGUGGAGGCAAACCGCAGCAAUUCACCCAGUUCAAUCCUCCUCUCGCCCACAACAACGGGUCACUGUGGUUCUAUAUGUGUGAUCGACACACGCAGAAUCUGUGGCAGUGUGAUGAGUAUGUCAACCGAACACACCUGUGCGCAACCUCAAAAGCAUCUGGAGUCAUCUGUAAUGGCUCCCUCGGGUUUCCUGCACCCACCACAGCCCCGACAGCUAAUACAGCUGUGAUGACCACGAGGACAACGGGUGCAACCUCAGUCAGUCGGGCUAAAGGCCUCUUCUUAUCGCCUGCGGCACUCCUCAUCACCAGCGCUGUGACUCUUCUGCUCCUCGUGGUUCUCAUCACGAACUCCGUGCUCUGCUGCCACUACAGAAGAAGACACGCGUUCUUGAUCCAGCAGACACGCAGCAGCACGCGACCUCCCUCUGAAAACCAUCAGAACAGCUACCAGGAAACUGUCGACCUCAUCAAGGUCACUCCCAACCCUCUGCAGACAGAAGCCCCCUCCAACCCCAGGUAUCUUUGGACCCAGCUUAGUAGUGUUGACAGCACGUCAGUAGAUACAGACUAUGAGCAGUAUGAGCCAAGCAAUGACCCGUCUGUCCCUUUGUCAACCUUUCGGAAUUCUCAGAGGUACAGAGCAGACGUGAACUCUUUGAUGAGGCCCUCAGGCCUUGACAGCCUCUUUGAGGAAGUCCCUGAACCCACAAAUGAAGUGAUGGGAGCCUUUACAUGCCAUAACGGCGGCCCCGCAGAGGCUCCAUAUGCCAGAGUGUCAAAGAUCUCGGUGGACUCGUUUGAUACCUCCAGUACGUCAUCUGGGGAAUUUUACGAAAACACAAACGAUUACUCUGCGGUCACUCCCGAUUCAGCACCAGGCCAGUUGCCUGUUGUCAACGGAGACCAACUUUACCCCGGACAAACAACAAGCCUGCAGAGUUCAGGUGAUGAAGACGACGGCCCCCAUCUACUCGCCUGUGAGCCCAGAUCAGGACCUCACCUCCGAGGAUGACUACGAUGAUGUCGGCGCAUUAACAGAAGAGGUAACGUCACCUCACUGAGAUCAGAGGGACUGAUGCUGCAAAACGGCACUGAGGCGAAACGUACGGCCACACAAAACUGAGGGAGCACAAAGAGCACUAAUUUGAUGGUUUGCAGGCUAAAAUCUUAACAUUUAGGUUAAAACUGGGCUCAGUUUGGUUAAAAAAUGUAAGUCCAGGUUACCUUUGCUUCAUUGGCAUUUGAACACUUCCUUGUGUGUGGUAGUCAACAUUUGAAUUAAAUCAUACAGGAGUUAAAUAUGGCCUAGGCAUCCAAAAAUGUUAUUUUGAAACAGAAUUUCAUGACUGACUUUGACUUUUCCAACUACUGUUUCCAGAAAAGUGCAGUACUAUAAGUUAAAUUUACAGUUACUGAGACCUGACAUGUGAUUGCCACACUGCAGAUAAUCAUCACAAUGAGCAAGUUGAUACUUUAUUUUUUUCCAGCUGUGAACACAAACUGUUUCAAAACUUUGGACACUUUCAAAAACCGGUGCAUUUAAUGAUGCUCAGACAUCUGACACUCAGAUGCCAUUGAAAAUUGGAUAUAAAAAAGAUCACACUCAGGCAUUUCAAAUUUUAGAGCUCACUCUGAAAUGCGUCAUGUCCAAGCAUCCUGGAAGUGGACUUUUCAAAACAGCCUUAAUCAAAAAACAAAAUUAAAAACAGAAAAAAGAAAGCUCAUGGUGAUGGCUCACAUUAAAGUCCCUGCCGGUUAAUUUUCUGCUCUGAGAUGAAUGAAAAUCAAUGACCUCCUUGAAGGUUGGAAAUCAAAACUGAGAAGUAAAGGUAUAUUUAGGUGUUCUGUGAAUGUAGAAUCCACUUUAACAUAUGUUUUUUAUAUAUAUAUCUACACUGUAUAUUUUUAAUGUGUUUGCAUCACAGUUUUUUGUAAAUAAUGUUUGCCAUGUAUCCUCCCGUGGAUGUAAAUAAAAUAAAACUAUUGACUUCAAGCUUAAUCUAGAAAAUUAUGAUGUGCACUACAUGGCCUAAAGUAUGUGGACACGUGAACAUUGCGCCCAUAUGUGAUUGUUGAAUGUGUGAUAUUGAAACCAUCGGCGUUGUUCUGCUGCUAUAACAGCCUCCACUCCUACAGGAAGAUUUGGCACAAACGAUGCUGCAGAUUGAUCCCAAACACAAAGAGCGUGAAUGAGGUCCGACACAGAUGUCGAGCUAUAAAGCAAGAAAAAUCACAAGUAAACAUAAUGUGUUUUACAUAAAAAUGCAAACAGCCACUCACCUAUCUGCCUGAAGACAGUAAGGAACCCACAUCACAGGCACGCAGAGA